AUGGUGAAUUGGUGCCUGCUACCAGAUCACGUGGUAGAGGUCAUAUUCUCCUACCUAGACGUGCACGAUCUCCGGAACUGCUCCCUCGUGUGUAAAAACUGGUACAAGUUCCUCAACGACCAGAACAACGACGUGUGGCGGCUGCACUGCGUCAGGAAAUUGGCCGAGGAGGCACUCAAGUCAGAUCUCUUAGCCUCGGUUCCCACGUAUAAAGCUAAGUUAAGGGCGUUUUACCACGCUUGGAAUCCCAAUGACUGCUCGAGGAACAUUUACGUGAAGCCGAACGGGUUUACCUUACACAGGAACCCGGUGGCCCAGAGUACUGACGGGGCACGGGGCAAGAUGGGCUUCAGAUCAGGACGACACGCCUGGGAAGUGGUGUGGGAGGGACCUCUUGGCACUGUGGCAGUUAUUGGUAUAGCCACUAAAGACGCAGCAGUGCAGUGCCCGGGCUAUGUGGCACUGCUGGGCUCUGAUGAACACUCCUGGGGCUGGAACCUAGUUGACAAUCACCUCUUGCAUAAUGGGGACUCUCAAGGCAAUUACCCAUUACUAAACAAUGCACCCAAAUAUCAGGUUGGUGAGAGAAUACGAGUAAUACUGGACUGUGAUGACAACACGUUAGCGUUUGAGAAAAACUACGAGUUUCUAGGAGUAGCGUUCAGAGGAUUGCCAGACAAGCAGCUAUAUCCUUCAGUGUCUGCUGUGUACGGUAACACUGAAGUAUCUAUGGUAUACCUCGGUCCUCCGCUGGAUGGCUGACCCACCACACCUUUAGCACAGAAUUUGUUACCCUACAGAGUCCAACGUGUCCCUCUGUUUAUAUCAAGGAAAGAAGGUGCAACCACUAAGCAUCUAGCCUUGUGACCAGUGGGUGAGACUGCUUCAGGGGUGGACUUCUAGUCAAAUAUUGCUCUUACUGGAAGACUGCUUCAGGUGGUACAGUGUUCCUAGUGUGAGAGCAGUCUAUGGUUGUGGCAUACACUGGGUAGUGGGAAGGUGUGACCCUAUAUCAAACACUUCAUGAAGGGUAGUGAUGGAACUUCUUAAGGUAUGAAGUGAGUGUUUCUGUAUGAAAUGCAAGCUGUAUAUGCCUUAAUCAAAGUUUUCCAAAUGGAACAGACAGAUAACAGGAAGUAAUGAGACAUAUUUAGUGGAAUAUUGUCACUGUGCAACUAUAUAGUCAAUAAGCAUGACAGCCAGAGUAUUCCUCUGGUCUACAUGCCAUGUGCCUUGGAAAAUAACAUAAUGUGAACUUGGGUUUUGUCAGUUUUUAUCGGACUCUGCUUUUCACCUCUUUGUAUUUGAGUAUUUAUAUCUGUAUAUACGUAGAUAGAAAUGUUAAAAUUUACUUAACUACUGCACUUGGUAGUCACAUCACAACUGAUAUCACUUACUAGAAUUCAGUAUUCUUGAGGAGAAAUUUUUACCUCAAAUGAGUGACAAGAAUGGCACUCGUUGUGAAGCACGAAUGUGGCGAAGGAAUCAGUAAUGUGAAGCUCAGUGAUUGACUGAUGUGACGAUAUAUUGUGAAUUAGGUAGAUAAGCUGCCACCCCAAAGUGUGAGUAGAGGACAAGGAAUGUGUCGUUUGAGGGCCAGCGGGUCUGUGCUUAGCGUAAUUCUAUUCUAAAUUCCCACCUUUUUGUGUUCAUUCACAUGUGCUCAUGGAGGCACAACUUCUAGUCAUUUUGUAGCCUAGAGCAGCUGUGGUAAUGUGAACUGUUGGUGUAUGGCAUGUUGUGAGUCAAGUGGGGUCAGUAUUUUGUCUAGGCUUUUAUGGCUUCUGUAAGUUAGCAGUGAGUUAUGUUAUUACUUUUAAUGCUGUAAGAGACGUGUGCCCAAUUGGAGUAAAUCAAGAAUCAGCCAUGUUAUCAAGGGAAUCUGUUGUUAUGGUUCAAGUGAUAUUGCUGCAGUUUCUUUCUAUAGUUGAGUUUCUUUCAGUCUUCAGUAUUGCUGUCUGUUAGUAUAUAUAGUGUAGUAGAUUACGUAAUGACAUUACCAUGGUGCUUUCCAGUGACAUUCCAUUCCAGAAGAUGGAUGGUUAUUUUGUGUUUUUGUGUCUACCAUUCCUCAGAAGGACCACAUACACAUUUCCAUUCAUCCAGAUUUGCAUUAUCAGUUUGGGGUGGUGGCAGUGGUGGCCACGGUGGCAGCUGCUCAAAACACUCCAGGUGGUGGUGCAGCACAGGUAGCAGCAGCCUCCCCAUUGCUCAUCUUUCUCUCUCUUCAAUGUUUUAUUGAUGAUGACAUUGUUUGGAAGUGACAGAUUUUAUCACUCUGUUUUUACAAUGCAACUUAGUUACCAAGUUUUUAUGAUGGUUUAGAAUUUUAUUAUAUUGUCUUCACUUACCACGGUGUAAUGUUUUGUUUUAUUGAUUUUUAAGUACAGAUGGUUUUAACGAUAAAAGUUGUAUCUUUUAGUAGAGCUGGGUAGGAUCCGGCAGCAUCAGUACUUGCAGAUCCGAUUACUUGGCCUAACUGAUCCACAGGAUUUUGGCCAUGGGUUCCUGCAGUGUGCAAGAUCCAUGAGGCAGCCAGAUGAUUACUGGGUGCACAGUGUUCAUGUGGGACGGGAGAUGAUUACUGGAUCUGUGAGGCAGCUAAAUGUUUACUGGGUGUACAGUACUUGUAUAGGAAAGAUGAUUACUGGAUCUGUGAGGCAACUAAACAAUUACUGAGAUAUGUAUGGUUGUCUAUAGAAUCUCAGGUGGCCCAGCAGCCUGAUGAAUUCUAUCAAAUAUAAUUACCAAGCCCUUAAUCAGUUGCUUAGAUUAUUGCACUAAUGAUAUAUUUAUUUUUUUUCUAUACAGAAUAGGUGAAUGAAUUUAAUUGCUUUUGGUUUUGAAAGUGAAAUUCACACCUUAAACACUAAGCCCUUGAAAACACAUUUUACGUAUAGGAAAAAAUAUCUGCAAUUUAGUAAAGGAAAGAUUAAAGUAAAAAAUAGGAAUGAAAGCUAUGAGCAUACAUUUCUCCAGUAUAUAUUUCCUUUAGCCUAUGGAGCAAACUAACAGGCAGUCCUGUUUAUAUGGCAGCUCAGACUUAAUUGAAGCUGCAAGGCCUCAGAUCUUUCAUCUGCCACAAAUUAACAUCCAAUCAAGUUUUGAAGAAAGGAAGAGAAGUUUGGCACCAUAUAAAUUUUGUCUAAUGAUAUUAGAACAUUAUUUUGUUAUUUUACUUUAUGCUAUAAAUAAUCAAUUACUUUGAACAUUUUAUGGUCACAGUGUUUUGUGUAAAUGGCUUCUAAAGCAGUUUUGUUCUAUUUUGUACUCCUAAGACUCCUGAGUAAUUGUCUUGGUGGAUCCGAUUACUGAAUCAUGGUACUCAGAUCCAACUAGCCUUGAUGGAUCCAUGGGAUUUGAGUCCAGUAACAGGGUCCUGCCCAGCCCUAUCUUUUAGUAGAGUGUCAAAGCUCUCCUCCACGAUGGAUGUUGUCGACAUGUGAGGGGAAGUUAUUUAUCUCGGUGAAGGAUGAACAAGUACAACACACACAACUCAGUGCAAUUAUUACUUACAUAUAAGGUAAACCAAGCUAUUGCUUGUUUAUUGUGAUUAUUCAAAACUGACUGUCUGUGUCCCAAGGUGACACAAGAACUGUCUGUGUCCUUUGGUCUUAAGGUGACACAAGGACUGUCUGUCUGUCCCUUGGUCCCAAAGUGACACAAAGACUGUCUGUGUCCAUCAGUCCCAAGGUGACACAAGGACUACUGUGUGUGUUCAUUGGUCCCAAGCUGACACAAGGACUGUAUGUGUCCCUUGGUCCUGAAGUGACACAAGGAAACCAGUUUCACUACCAAGUGAUGGUGUCCUGGGACUGUCUUCAAGUGUUCUUUGCAUCCUAGUAUCAGUCACUUAGGUUGUUAUCCUUUAACUGUUUAUUUGAAUUACUCAUGCUGUUAUUGCAAAAUGUUGUUUUUGGACCUGUACAUACAUCUUGAUAACCUCUGUCCCACAGUCAGUUUUGGAAGCAUUCAUAAUGCUUGAAUGAUUCAGGUUUCAUGUGUCAAAGUUGAAUGUAAGUAAUAUUUUAUUUGUUAGAGAAUGCACUCACUCACUCUUGCCUUCUUUAUUGAGUAAUACAAUAUUGUAUGAAUUAUCAAUGGUAAAGAUCAAUGCAAAAAUGGUUAUAGAUUAAGUUGCAUCCAUUUUGUUAAUUUACAUGAAAUGGUUUAAAAAUAAUUUUAUAAUGAGCAAAAUAUCUCAAGUAUGAGAGGGUACAAUUUGAACUAACAUAUACAUAAAUAUGUAUCACAUAUAAUGUACUGUGCUAUAUAUGACUAAGUUUGACAUCUUAAACACAAUAAGGAAAUGAAGCAAAAUCAUGACAUCUAAAUCUCUAUCAUAUAAAUGUUAUUGGAUGUAGUGCUCUUUUCUUCCAGGAGUGAGUAUUUGUGAGAGAAAACAAUUCAAAGUCCAUUGAUUGUGGAAUAUGUAGCUCUUCUGAUGAUCUGACCUAAGUGUUUUUGUAUUGUCUAGAAGAAAUUAAACCAAGGGAGUGAG